AUGGAAUAUGUCACCUAUGGAGAUUUCCACCAACUCCUGAGGAGGAAGGGGCGUUUUGACAUCCCCAGUGCAAGAUUCUACGCCGCAGAACUUGUGUGUGGAAUUCAACAUCUGCAUUCUAAGGGCAUCAUCCACCGAGAUCUCAAGCCUUCCAACAUCCUGGUGACUGAAACGGGCCAUAUUAAGAUUGCCGACUUCGGUCUGGCACUUGAGAACAUCUAUGGAGACCGAACAGCCACAGAAUACACUGGAACACCGGGCUUCAUUGCUCCUGAGAUCCUGGCUGCGGAGGAGUACAAUGCUGGAGUAGACUGCGAGGUCUAUUCACUUCCUCCAGCAAAGAGGCGAAGAACAUCAUUAAAAAGCUCCUCCGGGAAGAUCCUACCAGGCGUCUCGGAGUCAAUGGCAACAUCAGAGCCCACAGGUUUUUCCAGUGUAUUGACUGGGACUCGGUGGAAGCCCUUAGGAUGCGUCCACCACACAUUUCUAAACCACCAAACAACAUCCAGCGUGGCUCAAGACCAUUCAAUCUCCAAAUACUGGAAGCAGCAGAGUCUAGCAACUCGGCCAUUUCAGCAAACCACCAGGCCUUAUUCACAGGGUUUUCAUUUACCAACAUCAGCUGGAAAACCCCGGAACAUCCACCAGCUCUUUAAUACCAUCAGAGCAAGCUGUCUUCCUAAGCCCCAAGGAGAGCUUCAGAAAGGAGAAGAUCAAGAUGGACAAGCAGGACCUGGACAAGCAGGCAAGAAACAUCAUCAUGGCAAGACUAAAUUAUAA